AGAACCAAACCAUAAGGAGGAAAUAAAUAACCGUGAUUCUCCAGAAGUGAUGCAAGGAUUCAGUUUGCGAUCGUCUCUUGAAGUUACCGGAAGUGGAAUAUCGUGAGAAACACAACAAUUAACUAGAAGAAUCAUAAACAAACAAUUGGAAAUUGAGAGACGUGGAAGAGUUGAACGUCCAUCGUAGAAACCUCCAGAAUUUAAUGGCUUAUCAUGAGCUUUCCGAGAAGUGUCAUCAUUACGCUGCCUAAAGGCAUGCAAAAGACAGCACUCAGCAACGAAAUAAAUUUUGCGACUUCGAUUCUUGGAGCCAAACCGAAGAUGGAAACGAGGAAAAUGAAAAUUGAGGAGAUGGAUGAUUCGACGUGUGAGAUUGUUAAACCAGAUGAAUGGCUGAGGGGAAAGAAGAGGAGGCUUGAUCACCUCACGUGGGAGGAAAAAUUACAACGAAAAAAGCUGAAGAACCGAGUGGCAGCCCAGACAUCCCGAGACCGCAAGAAGGCCAAGCUGGACGAGCUCGAGGAAACAGUCCGUGCCCUCCACGAACAGAAUGACCUCCUCUCCGAGGAGUGUGCUCUUCUGCGCUCACAGAAUGAAGCCCUGAUGGCUGAGACCGAACGUCUGAAGUCCGAGUCAAAGAGUGCAACGACGAAUUCGCAGUCAGCAUCACAAUCAGCAGGUUACUGUGAAUCGUGUCAGAAUCGUGUCGCUUGUGUUAAGCCCACACUGGGAUCUGCUGCAUCCCCUAGCCCUCUGCCGCAGGGUGGCAAAACACAAUCGGCACCAGCUCUGACUCAAAAUGCCACGGUAAUCUUGAAGAUACUGACCCUCUACCUCCUCUCGAUGAACUCUUUGGAGAUCUUCAAGGGGACGACUACAUCGUCAGACUCGAGGAGCUCGCUGAAAGCCUUCUGCGGGAGGUUACCGCUGAAGUGGAAGCAAAUUCUCAUCGAGCAAAUGACAAAGACAGCAGGCAGGAGGAUACCACUGAAGAAUAUGACAAUACAGAGAGAAUGGUGGGGGAGACAUCAGAAAAUGUGGAAACCAGUCCAACCACUGGAGGCUUGAAGAACUCCUAUUCAUCGAAAUCUGUUCCAGAUUGUUUUCCACUGGUCUACACAAGUCCUGCAAGUAAUUUAGAGACAAAUAAUGACAGUUUAAUUAGCUCCAGCAAUGCUGGAACCCAUUCCGAUAAGAAUUCCAAUUAUGGCGGACCG